ACCAUCCCUAAUCGGCAUUUUUGGCGGCCAUUACGAGAGGAAGCGUGAAGUUGGGUAAAAAAACUGGUGUAAACAAACGGUAAACAGGAAGCGCGGACGCGUCGUCUAAGAACCCAAAGAGAGAAAACCAAAAACAGGACUUAAAAUGUCUACGGGCGCUGCCAGAGUCUACAUCCAAGUUGAGAGCGAGGCCGAGCAGCAGGAGCAUCUGAAGCAACAACGCAAGACCCUGAAGCCCCUGCAGGGCAACGUGAACCUCAACGACAAGGAGAACCUAACGGGUCCAGGCCGAGCCUCCAUCGUGGAUCAGUUGAGUCGCCUGAAGGCUGGCGUCCAAGUAACGCCCAAGUACGGGAAGCGCAAGUGUGUGGACUCGAGUUCAGCAACAUCGACCUCGAAGGACGCGGACACACAGACCGAGGACGUGGCUUUGGCGACGCCACAACGCGAUGCUGACAAGCCCAUAACGGCUGAGGAUCUUACCAGUGAAAGUGAGCCCGGCGAGAACUACUACAAGCUCCUCGCGGAGCAGCGACGACUAGCACUAGAAAAUUCGCUGACGGAAAAUAGGCAUCUGCACGAGCGCAUCGAGGGUUUGGAGGAAGAAAUGGACACAAUGCGAAAGGAGCUAGACGAGGCCAAGAAUCUGGUGGAGGUGCUAAAGGAGAUCUGUGACGAGGACAACAGCGACCCCGAGGAGGACGAGGCUGCUGACAACCAAGAAUAAAGGCUGCACAUCAGGCACAUGUUUUAUUAGUCUAAAAAUAUACAUUUAGUAGUAAAAACUUAAACAUUUUAUAAUUUAUCAACCAUUAAAACGGUCUGGUCUCAAUAUACGCCAGCAAUAUAUUUACUUGUUACCCGCCAGUUAUAUUCCCGAAUAAAGUUAAAUUACUAACCUA